AGAAUUAAACACGAAUGUCAUGGUUGUCUAAAGUGUCCGAUAUUGCCGGAGCGGCCGAAAAUCUUUUGAAUAAACUUGAUGAAAAGACUGGAGACGCAAUUCAAAAUGCCAGAGAUUCCGCUCCUCGAACACGUAAAUCAAGUACCGCCAGCGUCUCAGCAACGAUUAUUUCGAUGCCAGAACAUGUUAUCACUGAAGAUUUCGGCAGACCGGCUCCAUCUCUUCCCUCGAGAGCUCAGAGUGAUUAUACCGGAGCCGGAUGGAGAGGAGGAAGAAAUUAUGAACAGGGUAGUUCAUCGACUCAUCAGCCAGGAGUAACAGCAGCAUCUGAAAGUUGGACGAUGGUUUUAAACUCGAAAGAAGUAAAAAAUGCAAAACCAGAUGAAGAUACACGAAGUCAGAGGAGUGUUGGAGGCCGUAGUGUUGCUAGUAUUCGAACUACCUCAGAAUUUGCGGGAAACGAUUCGAGUCCCAAUUUUAAAUCUCAAUUAUUUGCAAAGGAUUCUCAAAUAUCAGUAUUAAAAACGAAACUUUCUGAAGUGGAAAGAAAAUUUGAAAAACGUAGUCAAGAUUAUUACGAGAUGAAAGCUGAAAAGGAAAUGUUAGAGAAGAGAGUUGAAAACCAAAAAGUAUCAAGUCAUGAAAUGGAUAGUCUUCAAGAAUUGAAAUUAGCCAGACAAAAAGCACAAGAUCAAAAAGAGAAAGCAGUGGAGGAGUGUAACAUGCAUAAGAGAAAAAUAGUUGGUUUGGAAGAAGAAAUUCGUGCGAUGGUCGAACAGUUGAGGCUGGCAAAGUUCAAUCUGAAUGAGAACAAAAAAGAAUUUGAUGAGUACAAGAACAAGGCGCAGAAAAUUUUGACAGCUAAAGAGAAACUGGUGGAGUCGCUGAAGUCAGAGCAAGGAAUCGGAUCCAGUGAUCGUCCUGUUCAUCUUCUUCAAGCUGAAGUUGAAGAGAUCAGAGUUGAAAGAGACCUUACAAAAGCCGAUUUAGAAUCUGCACAACUUCAAGUUUAUACCUUGAGAUCUGAUAUGGAAGAAUUGGAAGCUCAGAUAAGAGAUCUCCAAUCUCAAUUGUCGGACCAAAAACGAACUCAUCUCGAGGAGAAGCAGACAUGGGAUAGCACAAUUGGUCUUCUAAACGAGAAAGUGGAAUGUUCAAGAAUUGAAAAUGAGUUCACAAAACAAGAAAUGAAAAGACAAGGUGAUCAGCAUCAAUCUAAAAUGCUCGAGAAGGAAAAUGAGUUGAGAAAGACGAUUAGCGACUUGCGUUCACGAAUGCGAGAUGAACAAACGAAGCAGGAAGAUGAUGGAUCAUCACAACUAACUGAUCUUUUACUGCAGAAGCAACAACAAUUGGAAGAUGUUUUAAGAAAUAAUCAAGUGUUGAAUGUGAGAUUGGAAAGACUUCAGAAAGCUACAAAUCGUGAAACAUCGAUUGCUGUGGACUCGAAUUCAUCUCCAAUGCACACGUCAUCAUCUCAUCCACUUCUAUCAAAUAUCAAUAAUCCACAAACUCGAAAUGCUCUUCACACUGUAGAUUCGACGGCAUUCAAAUUGUUAUCAAUGCUCCGCGGACAUCCAUCAGCCCGCCUCUUUUUUGUUUUGUACUUUAUCAUAAUGCAUUUAUGGCUUUUCUUCAUUGUUCUCACGUAUACCCCAGAGAUUCAUUGAUUUAAUCACGGUUGUGUUCCUUAUUAUGUAUGUUUGUAUAAUAUAUUGGGAUUAACAUAUACUGCAUGGUUAGUUUUUACUUGGUUUAGUGUUUCUUUUCUUUUUUCGAUUAUUUUCCAGUGUGAUACCCGCUGUUACUUUUCCCGUACCCCAUUUUCGCUUUUUUUUUGUCCUAAAAUAAUUCAUUCUCUUCAAAAUACAAUAAUGACUGGUCUAGAUCCGAACUAUGUGAAUAAAAAUAAACAUCAGCUAA